CAGGCUCGCGCAGGAGAUGAGCAGGGAGAUGAAGCUGACGCACUGCGUCAACGCCUUCGUGGACAACGACGGCGACAUGCCCGACUACGGGCAGCUCGGCUGCCAGGGCUUCAUCGUGCUCGACAGGGAGCACAAGGCGGUGGCCAGGAGCACCUCCCCGUUCAUGCAGGUGCGGGAGCUGGCCUUCCGGCACGUCGAGGCACUGCUGGACGCCGUGGUCGCUGGGCUGCCCCCGCCCGCCGUGUGCCCGGGCGAGUUCGUGGAGCUCAUCCGGCCGCCAGAAGGGCGGCCUGACCUGCGGGGGGCGGCCGGCGUCGUCGUGGAGCUGAGGGGCGAGCCAGCGUCCCCGACGCUGGUGCUCGGCUUCCAGGACGGCCCCCUGCGCGGCCGCGCCAUGGAGGUGCCGGCCGCCGCGGUCGCGCGGAUCAGCGAGGAGGAGGAGGAGGAGGAGGAGGCCUGCGGCGAGCCGUCCCUGACCUGCUCCGGCCCGGGCUGCUCCGCCGGCGGCGGCUGCGCCGCGCCGUGUGGGGAGAGCGGCGCCUGCGGCACCCAGCCGUGCAGCAAGGGGAGCUGCGGCAGCUGCGCGGGAGCGGCGCCCGCCGUCGCCCCCGAGCUCGUCGCGGCCGCGCUCAGCAUCCCGUCCGUCAAGGUGCCCUCCAUGGACGCGGAGCACGCGGAGUGCGCGGACGCCCUGCGGCUGCUGGUCGCGGAGGGCUCGCGGGCCGCCCUUGCCAGCCUGCUGGACACGCUGGCCUCCCACUUCGCCCACGAGGAGGCGCUCUUUGAGCAGUUCGGCUGGGGCAGGCACGCCAACGCGAGCCUUGCGGCAGCGGUGACCCACGCGGCGGACCACAGGCGCAUGCUUGAGAAGGUCCAGAAGCAGCUCGCGGUGGCGGGUGCGUCGGUCUCGCCGGCCUUCGUUCAGGAGGUCCUCCAGGACUUCCACGAGCACGCGACGAAGUACGACGCGAGGUACGCCGAGCCUCUCAGCGAGCUGGGCGCCAGGUAGGAGCCGCCCGGCGCGUGCCGCCCGCAGGCCGGGCAUCCGCUUCCCUCAGUACGGUAGGUUCCCUCCGCAGAGCCCCGAGGCGGCGGAGCCAAGCGAGCCCGUGUGACGGCAGGGCGCCCGGCAGGCUGCCGAGGCUGGCAGGCAGCGCGCACCGUCGCGGCCGGGGAUCCGCGCCUGCCGUCCUCGCCGCCAGCUGCCAGAGGCCCGCCCUGGCCGGAGUUGGGCUCGGCUCCGCCUCCCUGGGCGCGAGCAGCCGGAGCCGGGUGCUGCCGUCAGGGGCAAGGUUCGGCCAUGCGCACAGGGAGGGCCGGGGGAGGGGGGAUUCGUUUUCGGCGGUUUUCGACGGUUUUCGUUGGUUCUGGG